GUUGGAGGUUGGCACUUGGCACAUCCGAAGGAACGAAUUAUUGUUUUUAUUCAAUAUUUUAUAUAAAGUUCAGUAAGUAUAGAUAAUUAUAACAUAUCGCUACAUAUUUAGUUAUUUCAGUUUCGAAAUUUGUAUACAUAAUGUUGCGGACUCUUACUAUUAACCUUAAAAAAUGCCGGCGGUCUAUAUUUGCUGAUUCACUUAUUGGCAAACAUUGUCGAUGCUCAUCUGGAACACAGAACACAAAACCCGUACAGCCGUUAAAAGUUAAUGGUCAGUGCUCUGCUAUGGCAGAAGACAAGUCACAUUUUCUAUUGCCUAACAAUCAGCGAUUUGUUGAGCUGGACAGCUCACAAGCAUUUAGCAAUUUAACAACACAGGAGCAAUUGUACGCCCAUUAUCUUAGCCAGGCGGCUUGGAAUGGUGGGCUUAUUGUUCUGCUCCAGACAAGUCCGGAAUCACCAAAAAUAUUCUCUCUAUUACAUAGGAUCUACAUAGCAGAACCUUUGGAAGAUCUAAAAAAAUCUGCUUUAGAGGCUGGAGUCUCUGAGGAUGAUUUUCAGGCAUUCCUCGUGUACUCUGGUGGAGUAUUUGCAAAUAGCGGUAAUUAUAAAGGUUUCGGUGACGUAAAAUUCAUUCCGAAUUUAUCUAAGGAGACAUUUGAGUUAAUCGUGAAGGCUUCUAAAGCGUAUGAAAAUGAUAACACGCACAUUACAAAACUGUGGCAAAACACACAGAACGCGAUCUACAGCAUCGCUCCAAGACUGGCUAGCUUAGGUUUAGCUGAUAAGGGUGUUACAACAUAUUUCUCAAGCAAUUGCACUGAAGAAGAUUCCAAUUUGGUUAACGACUGGAUGAAAACGAAGCGCAUCGAGGCAUACAUAUGCCGAACUUUUAAAACCACUGCCGAUGAUGGAUUACCUCUAUACACCAUCCACUUAGCCAGCGUGGACACAACGCCCAAACCCCCUUUAACAAUGGACAAAGAGCUGUACAAGGGUGCAUACUUCCAAGUGACACGAGGCGAUUACUCCCCGAUACUGAAGGUCGUAAACGAACAUUUGCUAAAGGCUCAAGAGUACGCCGCCAAUGACAAUGAAAAGAACAUGUUGAAGCAUUACGUGAACAGCUUCAAGGAGGGAGACCUGAAUGAGCAUAAGGAAGGCAGCAGGUUCUGGAUUAAGGACAAGGGACCUAUUAUUGAAACAUAUCAAGGUUUCAUCGAGACGUACCGCGACCCCAGCGGUCAGCGCGGAGAAUUCGAAGGUUUCGUCGCGAUGGUCAACAAAGAGAUGUCGAAAAAGUUCGGCGAUCUUGUCGACGGAGCCGAGCGGUUCAUUAAGCGGCUGCCGUGGGGCAGCGACCUCGAGAAGGACUCCUUCUUAAGACCUGACUUUACGAGCUUGGAUGUGCUGACUUUCUCGGGAAGUGGCAUCCCGGCCGGAAUCAAUAUUCCCAACUAUGAUGAAAUUCGCCAGAAUGAAGGGUUCAAAAAUGUAUCAUUAGGUAACGUUAUCCCUGCUGCGUACAAGGAGUCUGUUAUACCGUUUCUUUCGGAUGAAGACAAGAAACUGUUGGAAAAAUACAGGGUUGCCUCGUUUGAGGUGCAAGUCGGCCUGCACGAAUUAUUGGGCCACGGUAGUGGAAAACUUUUACGACAAAACGCUGACGGCACGUUUAACUUUGACACUGAAAAAGUCAAGAAUCCUCUUACAGGCAAUAAAAUAGAAUCAUGGUAUACUGACGGCGAGACUUACGACAGCAAGUUUACCACACUCGGGUCAGCGUUUGAAGAGUGCCGCGCGGAAGCUGUCGGCUUGUACUUGUCGCUAGACCCGGAGAUCUUGAAAGUAUUUGGGUAUGAAGGCAAAGAAGCAGAAGAUGUAACCUACGUGAACUGGCUGAGUUUGUUGUGGAAUGGUGCUGCCAAAGCAACUGAAAUGUACCAACCGUCCACCAAGACCUGGUUACAGGCACACGCGAGGGCUAGAUUUGUGUUAAUGCGUCUGUUAGAGCUGGAGGGUGACGGUCUUUUGACCAUCACUGAGGUGGAGCCCGCCAAGAACUUGCUGCUGACAUUGCAAAGAGAUCGCAUCGCCACUGACGGAAAGAAGAUUAUCGGCGACUUCCUGGUGAAAUUGCAAACGAUUAAGGCGACAGCGGACUUCGCGGCAGGCGAUCAGCUGUUCGACAAGUACAGCCGCUUGGACGAGCCGUGGGGCCGCUGGCGCGACAUCGUCGUUUUGCACAAGCAGCCGCGGAACAUCUUUGUGCAGCCCAACACCUUCCAUAAAGGCGAGGAAGUGGAGCUGAAGCGCUACCCGGCGAGUGCGGAGGGCAUGGUGUCGUCGUGGGUGGAGCGCUUCCCGUCCGCCGCCGUCGACGAGGUGCUCGAGCAGCUGGCCGAGGCAGACUCUAAGUACUACGCUGAACUACAAGCGAUACUAGACGCCUGAAUUGUUAUCUUAUUAACGUUAAAUAUACAUUCAAGUCAUUA